AUGAAGUUUAGCACAAAGACUUGUGUAUUCGAGGGCUUGAUCUCCAAUGCAGCACUGUUCAGAGGUGGAACCCAGAGGGAUGACUGGAUCAUGAGGGAGCUGACCAUUAAUGAGUGCACAGCUAAUGUGCUGCUGGGAGGACAGGCCAGUUGCCGCCUCUUAUUACCUGAGUCUCAGGAUUGUCGGCCCUGUCCACACCCGGGGGGCUCGAGGAUCACGGUGGUCGUCGAGAGGGGUCCCAGAGAACUGUGUACUUUAGAAAAACUGCAAGUACUGGAUCUUUCUGAAAACCAACUAUGGACAAUUCCUUCAGAGAUAUGUAAUUUAAAAGGAAUCCAGAAAUUAAACUUCUCAAGCAACCAAUUUAUACAUUUUCCUAUUGAACUGUGCCAGCUUCAAUCACUGGAAGAACUGGAUAUAAGUCAGGCAAAUGGGACAAAGUUAACAAAACUUCCAGAAGAGCUGGCUAAGAUAACUCAACUUAAAAAACUUGAUAUCUCAAACAAUGCAAUCAAAGAGAUUCCAAGGAAUAUAGGGGAAUUGAGAAGUCUGGUUAGUUUUUAUGCACAUAACAAUCAAAUAAGUGAUCUUCCACCAUCUUUUUUAACUUUGAAAGAGCUCCAUCAACUAAACUUAAGCGGAAAUAAUCUCACAGUUCUGCCUAGUGCCAUCUAUAAUCUUACUUCACUGAAGGAGAUAAACUUUGAUGACAACCCUUUGCUGAGACCUCCAAUAGAAAUCUGUGAAGGAAAACAGUUGUAUACUAUUGCCUGCUAUCUACAGAGGGCAGAUGAAAGAGAUGAGAAAAUCUUACAGAAGAUAUUCAAGAUAGUUGCCAACAAUAUCACUGAAACAAAUUUUGAAUUUUUGUGUCAAAAACUAAACCUGAGAAACUCAGAAACUGAUGUCCCUACAAAGAGCCCUGUUUCAUUAAAUGAAAGAGCUUACCAAACAUUUGUUGAGUGGAAAACUGAAAACUUAUCACUAACUGCUGCUGCUUUAAGAAAUCAACUAGUUCGGGCACUAACUAUGAUAGGAGCAUAUGAAAUUAUGGACAAAAUAACAGCUUUAAAUCUUUAUACAUGUACGAUUAAAUUCUAAC